AUGGCCGUGGAGGUGGCCGUCAACGCCCCGCGGUUCCACACCGUGCCGUGCAAGAAGAGGCCCUUCUCCUGCAUCGAGCACAUCCUCAAGGACGCGGGCCGCACGUCCACGUCCCCGACCUCGUCGCCGACGUCCACCACGGCACACCCCGACGGCCAGUUCGAGUGGCUCAACUGCACCAGAUACCGGCCGCCCAAGCUUCCCCGUACUCGAAGGCGCGACGGCCCCGCGCAGCGCCGCCUGGGCCGCAACCCCCGCAUCCCCUUCUCGCCGCACCAGGUCGCCGUGCUGGAGGGCCGCUUCCGGCGCUCGCACUACCUCAGCAGCGCCGACGUGGCCGACCUCUCCACCGAGCUGGACCUGUCCGAAACCAGGGUGAAAAUCUGGUUUCAAAACAGGAGGGCCCGGGAGAGGCGCGAUGGCGAGGGUCGGUCGACGGUAAGUCCGCCGCAGCAGGGCGUCCCGGCGCCCGGCGCCCUCGCCAAGGCCGCCGUCAAGGUCGUCAAGGCACCCACGCCCUCCCAGCUGCCCAGGUCACAGGUGUCGGCCUUCUCAGCGCCCAAGUCCCACGUCAGGGCCAGCCCCUCGGCCAGCCCGGAGAAGUACUUCACCCUGGGGCUGGACAGCGCCAGCGCGCCUUGA